AUGGUGCUGCGGCGGGCGGCGGUGGAGUCCCCUAAGAAGGUGGCGGCUCUGGUCGACCUGGUUAACCUGCCGACGGCGCUGCGGGAGUUCGCCGGGGGCCGGUCCCAGAUGUCCCACCUCUCCUUCUUCCUCGGCGUCUGGUCACACAUCAAGAACAACAACCUCCAGGACCCGACCAACAGGAACAUAGUAAACUGCGAUGAGAAGCUGAAAACUGUGCUGUUGGGCAGGUCUAAGGUGGAGCUCUCGGAACUCCCAAUGCUUGUCAAGCUACAUUUCCCAAAAGUUUUCAAGUCGUAA